GCGGUUAGGUCUCCAUUUCAGCUCGAGCUCGGCAGCCAAGCAACCAUGGCUUCCCACCCGUCGCCGCCGCCGCCGCCGGAAUACCCUAGACCACCCGCUGGAACCACCAUAAGCGCCCUCGGCGACGACCAGCUCCGAGAGAUCUUCCUCCGCCUCCCGGACCUCCCCAGCCUCGCCGCUGCCGCCUUCACCUGCCGCGCCUUCCUCAGCGCCGUCCGCUCGUCGCGCGCCUUCCGCCGCCGCUUCCGCGAGCUGCACGCACCCCCGCUCAUCGCUCUCUUCCUCACACCCUGCAUGCACACGGUACCGGCCUUCCCCUCCUCACGGCGCCCCUCCGCCGGAUUCAGUCCCCUCCGAGACCACGCCGCCGCUUCCGAUUCCGAGUGGGGGCUCGAUUUCCGCGACAUUGCCUAUGACGACGGCUUCAUUUGCAUCGAAAACCGGACCACCAAGCAGCAAGUUUUGUACAAUCCCCAAACAGCUGCCCUGAUUCUCCGCCCCAAGGAGGACCACGACAUGCCCUACGGCAGCUCCCUUGAAUUCCACAUACUCUCUCCCGAAGAGGAUCAGAGGCCGUCCCGUGUGGUCUAUGUCCGUCACGACUACUCGUGGGCUUGGGUACGCGUCGCCGUCCUCUCAUCCGACACCAUGGAGUGGCAGAUGUUCCCGGAGACCGCGACGCCGCUGCCCGAGGGCUCCAGGCACGCAGCCAGCACGGUGGUGGAUGGGUUUAUCUGUUGGGAAUUCGUGUCCCUGAACGAGGUAUCUCUCAGCGAGUACAUUUUGGUGCUCAACACAGACACCUUUCAGUUCUCUCGAAUUGAUCUGCCUCCGCCCUUGAGAGUGGUAUACCCAAAAUUUAAGAUUGGUCAGACCAAGGAUCGGAACCUCUGCAUCGUCAUUGAGAAGGAUUGCACGCUUUUUCUUUGGAUCUGCAAAACCGGUGAUGACGGCGUCCAGAGAUUUGUGCUGCACAGUACGUUCCCGUUGCACGCUAGAUUUAUGGAGGUCACCAGCUGUUCAGUGGAAGAUCGAUUCUCAGUGCAGCUUAUGACGGUCUUCAAUGGCUUUGUGUACCUUUCUAUUUGCCCCUGGAAGAGUUUCAGGGAUAAGUACAGAUCCCCUGAGUGGUUCAUGUCCUUCUCUCUGGAAACAGCGGAGCUGAACCAGCAUUUUAAGAACAGAAAGCGAAUUGGCUGCUCUGUCCAUCCCUAUUUGGCCUGGCCUCCUUUGGUAGACAACACGGAGGAUUCAGAAUAUGAAGUUACUGGAAACAGCGUUGGAAGUGUUGGUCCUGAGAGCACAGAAAAGGAUUCAUCGUUUCUUAUAAAAACAUUACGAUCAUUCAAAGAAGCUUUGAUUAAGGAUGAUGAUGCAAAUGUUGCUGAGAUUGAGGCCUUCUUACUUUGCAUUGAUGUCGAUGAUGAGAAGAACUCUCUUGCUAGGAAAAUCAUUGCUUUAGAUGAAAUAUUGAUAACCGUGAGAGAUCGUGUCUUGAGAGCAGGUGCAGACUCUGAAUUCUACAGACUGAGAGCAGGUGCAGAUUCUGAAUUCUACAGACAGAAGACAGAAACAGAGAGCUGGUGGCAAAUGUGCAAGGGGAAGUUAUGGAGAGCUUUCUUCGGUAGCUGAAUAAGUCUAUCAGGAGUAAGGGCCUGUUUUGUUGGAGGCUUGAUGGAACUUGCCUGGCCUGAUAAGUGCCUGUGCGCGGUUUGGUUGGCGUCCUGAGUGCUUGGCUUGAGCUAGCAUGCCGUGUUGUUAUCCUGGUUGAGGCAGCUGGAGUUAGGAAGGAGUUUAGGCAAGGAUGGCUGCCGAUGCCAUCUAAAAAGUAGGUCUUAAAACUUCAUGUUUUCUUGGGCAAAAUUCGUGAAUAUCAGGCUACAUUCAGGCGAUACUGUUUGUCAGGCACAGAGCUCAGGGUAGCAACCACACUGGUAAGUGAGCUUUUGUUGAAAUGCGUUGGUACUUUAGUUUUUAGAUUCUGUGAUGAUGGUAUGUGCUAAGUUUUCUGUAUGUUAGUUGAAACAGUGAUGACUGUAACCAUCAUCAGUAUUCACUAUUCAGUAUGACUUGUUUGCAAGAGACUGAGUCUUCAGUUUUAUCUAAUGAUUCGUCGUUUUAGAGAUUACCUAGAAACAUACAGGUCUCAAACUGGUGGACCUUUUGUCAGCUUGGUAUUAAAUAUUUCCUUUUUGUUUCAGAAGUGUAUAUAUGUGCGAGAGAGUUUGAAGAUCGUAUAAGUAAAGUCGUGUGACCAUUCUCUGUUGCAUAUAAUUACUAAAAUGGCACCUUUUUAGCUUUUCCCUUUUGCCAAGAUGCUUGUCGUGUGAAAUCAUAACUGCGCUGCUAUUUUUAUUUGAAAUGACCAAAAGGUUAAAUAGUCAGGCUUAUUUUGGUUGCAGCAUGAGCUGUUUUUUACAGAGAUUUUUCUCUCUGGAGUGUGCACCAAAUGCUCGUCAUUUUGUAUUACGACUUAUAGAUACAGAUUAUUAUUUCCUGCAUUUGCUCGCUUUUUGUUUUACAUUUUAUGCUAGCUCACAAGUUAAGAAAAUUUGUACUACUAUUUUAAGUGGUCAGGCUGUCCAUCAAAUUUAAACUUCAAAUGUUGAAUGAAACUCGUAUCUGAGGGAGCGCAGACUACACCGAAUUUUGUUAACAUAAAUGGUUAUUGGCACGCUUGCAGUUAGCAUGGGGAGCAGUAGACAGUUCUGUGCUGAUAGCAAGUGCCCUCCUGUUUCCAUGGAGUCUUGUACAGGCACCAAAGUCAUCUUCUAUUUGCACGACGAGUGUCACUUUGACCUAUAUUCUAUUUUCAUUAUAGAUAAUGGAAAAUGGACAUGGCUAAGAUGCCAUGACCUGGACCUUUAGCGCACCCAGGAUGUUGCCUUAUUUUUGUUUUUAUUAAUAUUUAGGAAGAACAUUGUUUCAGUUUAUUCUAAAUCAUUGUAUACAGAAAAGGCUAGAAAAAUAAACUGGAACAAUCAAAUAGAAAUUGAAGACAAGAACAUUGUUUCAGUUUAUUCUAAAUCAUUGUAUACAGACAAGGCUAGAAAAUAAACUGGAACGAUCAAAUAGAAAUUGAAGACAAUAUAUGCGUUCACAGGAUGCACCACACACAUCACGCUUCAGCACAACGGUAAACCUGAACCGUUGGCUGAACAACAAAUGCUUUUUUCUGUAUGUAUAUGUGAACAUCAAAGGUUACUCUCUCUUGUUGGUUGUCCCCAUCCCGAGAGUUGAGUUUCUUCUCCGGGGAGCCCAUGCUGCCUAUAUUUCAUUGAAUUCAAAAACUAUGUCGAAAGAUUUAUAAAACAAUGCAUGACUUGAGUUGAGUUUCUUCUUUGACUGCUUGAGUGGUCACACCGGAUGUGGUCUGCCUGUCGUGGGGUGCGGGACUGCCUGAGUGUAUGCACAUCGCUUGCCUGCCAGUAGGCUGCGAUGCCGCACAACCCCUCAUCCGAAGUCCCUAGCAGCACGCGAUUAUCACAUCCAGGCCACGACUGCUGCACCGAUGAGUGACGGGCUUGCAUUGCACAUAACACAACAAAAGACAAUCAUUGUAACAAGAAAGGUAUUGCACUGUGUUACAUUACAUUCUUAGUAGGGGUACAAUGACCAAAGCCUUAUCAAAGAUGGAGCAUUUUGUCAAAGACUCUAAUUACAUCUCUCUUCUUCUUUAGCUCCUUUGAGAAGCCCAACUUACAAGUCUCCUGGGAGAAGUUGAGCCCCUAACUUCCCAUCCUGUGUUCACCAUGCUGAUUCUACCUCUCUCAUGUAAGCCAUUCAUUUUGGGAUUGGUUACUAGGCCCUGAUGUUAAUUCAUUCAGGUGUUUAAGCUCACUAAUCUAUGGAGGUAUGGCACCUUGGAGAUUAUUAUGGCUAAGGUCCAGCCUUGAGAGUUGUGAAACUUGCCCAAACACAUCAGGAUUCAGGAAUGUUCCCCCCCUAGUUCAUUUGCUCGAAGAUCGAGCUGUCGAAGCUUGGCGGCGUUGCUGAUGCUUGAUGGGAUGACUCCUAUGAGAUUAUUCCUGGAAAGAUCUGUACUUGGUAAAUUGUGGAGCGAACCAAUUUUUUGGGGGAUUGGACCUUCUAGCAUGUUUCUAGAUAGAUCUAGAACACGUAGUUUUGAACAAUUCAUGAUUGAGUCAGGGAUUAUCCCCUGGAAUGAAUUGGAUUUCAGGUCAAGGACGCGAAGGUCGUGGAGCUGAUUCAGGGGAGGUAACUGGCCGGAGAAGCCAUUGUUGCACAAGCUGAUGACCCGAAGGAGCGUUAAAUUUCCAAGAGAGUGGGUGAUCUCGCCUGACAAGCUUUUUCCGGGGAUUCUCAGGGCAACGACACGCCCUGAAUUCGGUGAGCUGCAAAUGACACCCGUCCAGUCGCAGUGGUGGACGCUUCUGUUCCAUGAUCUCAGGACGCCUGUUGGGUCGUUGGUAGCCGCUUUGAAGUCGAGCAAGGAGAGCAUGUCUGUGUUGUCCCCGUGUUUAACCGUUGUUGAACCAUGGAUGUUGCCAGUUCCAUAAGACAUCAGCAGCAGAAACGCCAGUAGAGUAGCCAUGUCGAGUUCUUCAGGGAGUGCCCCGUCAGGCAUGACCCGCGUCACUAGUGUUGCCUGCAAAAUAUGUGGAGCACAGACAUGGCAGCUUAUUCAUCAUGUUCACGGGCAGACCUAGUUACACGGGAGUCCAUGAUAAACCACU